GGGAGUGCCCUUUCCUGGAUACCUUCGUUGAACCAAUUGGGUGGAAAUUACACAGUGUGUAUGUCUUAUGACCUGUCUUUAAAAUAAAAAAAAUAAUCAGAUGACUAACUUGUAAGACUAGUCUAAGCAGUUUAUGUAACCAAACAUAGACAAGGAAGUUAUUAAAUUAGAUCUCUAUAUAUACAAUAAAACAAUAAAAACCAUUCAUGUAUAAAUUGAUAUGAUGAUUUUUGGGCAUAAGUCUUUAUUCUGCCAUAUUUCUUUUUCAGCAUCUCUGUUACUUUAAAAAGCAGUGUUUACAUUUGUAUUGUAGACAACAGUUACAUACUUGUAGUUUCAUUUUUGUUUCUGUGGUUUGAGAGAUAGCUACAGUAUACAUUUUCAGUGGGUAAAAACAAGGCACAGCAUCAUUCCUUGGAGAUCUCUGUGAGAAAACAGACAUGAUAUCGCUGUGGAACAGAUCUUUACAGAAGAAAGCAAGUGAUCUUCAUGGCGACACCUGGAAGAUUGAAACUGAUCAGACUAUUCUGGAAAACAGUCACGCUCCUAAUUGGCACCAGUAUAUUUCUGGCUCCUUUGCAGACUUCAGGUGUUCUCUGUGCAGAAGGACCUGGGGGUCUAGUAGAGUGCAGGUGAUGUUUCAUUUCCACCUGAAUGGAGCAAGCAGACAGGGAACCAUUAAAUUACGAUGCUACAAACAGGAGUGUAGGACGUGCAAAGAAGCUGAGUGGGAGGAUCCGAACUUUCCAGUAGAAAACAUUGAUGUGAUGGUUGAGAGACUAGUUAAAAAUAUCCGCAAGAAAUGCUAUAAGGAAAACCUGGGUGAAGGAAACGGAUUCUCAGUGUUCAAUGGAAGAUCUGAUGGGCCACAUGAAAGUGCUCACUGUGAAGCCUGUCGGCGUGGAAUCUGCAAUCAAGCCAGCUGAGACUGAUUUAAUUAC